AUGUCCUCCUUACCCAAGACGUACCGAGCCGUUGUCCUCAACGAAGCGAACGGACCAUUCAAGAUUCAGGAGAUGGAGCUGAAGCAUCCAGGGCCGGGCCAGGUCCUGGUUAAAGUUCUGGCCUGUGGCGUAUGCUUCUCAGAUGUUAGCAUUGCCAACGGAGAGUACGGAGAUGUUUUUCCCAGAAUCCCCGGGCACGAAAUUGUGGGCGAUGUAGUCGAGCUCGGCCCAGGCGUACAGGGUUUAGACAAGGGAGAAAGAGUAGGAGGUCCUUGGCAUGGUGGUCACGAUGCCAUGUGUAAGCUAUGCAAGCGAGGGAUGUACCAAUUUUGCCACAACGCACAGGUGAAUGGCUACACUCGAGACGGAGGCUUCGCGGAAUACGUUCUACUUGAACAAGAAGCUGUCGUCCGCAUCCCCCGCGAGUUGGAUGCAGCCGAGGUAGCCCCGUUACUAUGCGCCGGGGUGACCGUUUUUAAUGGCAUCCGAAAGAUGCAUAUCGAGCAGGGAGGAUUGGUAGCUGUCCAAGGUCUAGGCGGUCUUGGUCACCUCGCUAUCCAGUAUGCUGACAAGAUGGGCUAUGAAGUUGUCGCGUUAUCUUCCAGCGAUGAUAAAGCUGACUUUGCUAAGAAACUCGGCGCCCAUCAUUACAUCAACACCAAGAAAAGCGACGCAGUUGCGGAACUCAACCGGCUUGGAGGAGCAGAUCUUAUUGUCCAGACGGCCCCUAACCCGGAAGUCAUAUCAAAGCUGGUUGGAGGUCUAGGUGCGGGCGGCAAGCUGCUGUCUCUAGCCCCGGUCGGUAAUGUUGCCUUUGACAGCGUAGCUUUGAUUCUUGGGGGGAAAAGCAUUCAUGGAUGGGCGAGCGGGCAUUCCUUGGAUAGCGAGGAGGCGAUUCGAUUUGCGCAGACACACAACAUUAAAUGUAUGGUGGAGAAGUAUCCCUUUUCCGAUGUGCAAAAGGCAGUGGAUAGCUUGGUUUCUGGGAAGCCGAGAUUCCGAAAUGUUUUGACAAUGUAA